AUGGCGUUCAAAGCACCGUUUUCAGCACCUCAAAUGGAUUGGGAAGCUGACGACUCGACCAUAGCUUUUAGCAAAUUCAAGCAAAAGUGUGAGCUGAUGUUCAAAAGUAUACUCAAAGACGCUGAAGGAGAGGAACAAGUCAGCUAUAUCCUGCUAUGGGUUGGCGAGAAGGGUCUCGACAUCUACAAUAGUUGGAGCUUUGAAGACGGGGAAGACAAAAAAGACCCAGCAAAGAUUCUCGAUAGAUUUAUGGAACAUUUGGAACCACGGACAAAUCAUCGAAUUCACAGGUAUACUUUACAAGGUAUGCGACAAGACCGAGGUGAGUCAAUCGAUAAUUUUAUUGCCAAGAUAAAGAAUAUCGCAGCUAAAUGCAAGUUCAGUGGCAAUGAAGAGCUCGAGGAUAGAUUAUUAGAUCAACUAAUUUGGGGUACAAAUGAUCCUGAAGUUCAGAAAUCCUUAAUCGGACGCGAUGAAAAAUUAACAUUAAAUACUGCCAUAGAUAUUGCUAGAAGUUACGAAGCAACAAAACGACAAAUGAAUUCAUUAUCAAAUCAAAAUAAAGGAAAUCCUCAGCAAAUUGACAACAUUAGUCGCAAGAAAUUAAACGCUGAUAAUAAAAAUCAAAAUAGUAUUAUACAAUGUAGGAAUUGUGGUAAAAGUCAUAAGCUACCACAUAAAGGGAACUGUCCAGCCCAUGGUACUACAUGCAGAAAUUGUGGCAAAUUAAAUCACUGGCAAUUAGUAUGCAAAUCAGCUAAAAGCCAACAUAGAUCAAAGUCGCCACACCGAAAAAAUAAAAAGUUCAUUAAUAGUCUGGAGGAACAAAGUAAGGAAGACCUGUAUGCCGAUAUUCCAACAAUUGGCACUAUUGAAAUAAAUAGUGUGGUAAAGGAUAAUAAUACUAUGAGUGAGGAAGUAUUUACUACCCUGCGUGUUAACCGUAAGAACAAUGGGGAUAUAAAUUUAAAAUGCAAAGUUGAUACGGGUGCUCAGAGUAAUGUGUUGCCCAUUCAUUUGUUUCGUGUUCUAUAUCCUGAAUUAAUUAAUGCUGAAGGGAUGCCCAGGGACGGUGCUCUACAAAGAAGUGAAGUUAUCUUAACUGCGUAUGGGGGAUCUGAGAUUACCCAAUUUGGAAAAGUACUAAUACCAUGUCAGCACAAAAGGGGAAAAUUUAAUUGUGUUUUUUAUGUAACUGAUGCAGUAGGUCCAGCUAUAUUGGGAAUAAAAGCGUGUAGAGCCCUCGGACUGGUUUCACUCCAUUGUGCGCUGGAAACAAAAGUGGUACGAGGAAGAAACAUCCCUCAAGGUGUUGCCCAGGGGCCUAGUGAAGAGAAAGUUAAGUCCACUAAGAGUAUUAGAUUUGCGGAUCAAGCAAAGAUAGCAAAUCAGCAACAAAGUCGGUCUAGAAGUUAUAUUAAACCCUCUGUGCCAAUCACAGACCGUCCUCGUAUAAAGGAUAAAGAGAAUCUGAUCGAGAUGUAUCCAGAAUGUUUUGACGGGUCAGUUGGAUGUUUUGAAGAUUACACAUACCAUAUAACCCUAGAUCCUAAAGUUAAACCAGUUAUUCAUGCGCCUCGUAAAGUACCAUUAGAGCUGGUAGAUAAACUAAAUUUCGAACUUGACGAGAUGGAAAAGAGCGGUGUAAUAGAAAAGGUAACAAAACCAACCGAGUGGGUAAAUUCUAUAGUUAUAAGGGAGAAGCCUAAUGGAAGGCUUCGGAUAUGUUUGGAUCCCAAAGACCUGAACGAAGCAAUUAUGCGGGACCACUAUCCAACACCCACCUUAGAGGAAAUCACCCCAAAGUUAGCUGGAGCUAAGAUAUUCAGCAAAUUAGACGCUCGUAAUGGAUACUGGAAUGUUAAGUUAGAUGACGAAUCAUCAUAUCUAACCACAUUUAAUACACCAAAUGGUCGAUAUAGAUUCCUAAGAAUGCCGUUUGGUCUUCGAAUGAGCCAAGAUGUCUUCCAAUUCAAGAUCGAUGAAGUCUAUCGGAACUGUCUUGGUGCUGCUGGGAUUGCAGACGACAUCACAGUCCAUGGCCAAGAUGAGUCAAAUCACGAUCUACAUCUUCAUGAUGCAAUGGAACGUACAAGAAUGGCUGGCAUCAAACUCAACCGAGAGAAAUGCAUCAUCAAGACCGCUGAAUGCAGUUUUUUUGGUAUGGUAUACACCGCGAAUGGAGUCAAACCUGAUCCAGAGAAGGUCAUAGCCAUACAGAACAUGGAACCACCCAAAGAUAAGAAAGAACUUCACACGUUCCUUGGAAUGGUCAACUAUUUAGCGCCAUUUAUGCCCAACUUGGCGAGUCACACGGCACCUUUGAGAGAGUUAAUCCGGGAUAACGUUGAUUACAAAUGGUCUCCGUCACAUACAAGAGCUUUUAACAUACUCAAGUGUCAAAUAAGCACAGAAACUACACUUUCCUACUACGAUAGAAGCAAGUCAGUUGUGCUACAAGUAGACGCAUCAAGUAAAGGCUUGGGAGCCGUUCUAUUACAAGAGAACAAGCCCAUUGCGUUUGCAUCGAAAGCCUUAACCCCUGCUGAGAAUCCAGAAGAAGAAUCUCGACAUGGCACCUCCUCGACUUCAAAGAAUGCUUCUACGGUUGCAACCAUACGGUUGUAUCAUCAAAUACAAGCCAGGCAAAGAGAUGGUGAUAGCAGAUACACUAUCGAGACUGUCACCAAGGGAGGGAGACGAAAUCCCAGGAAUGCGUGUGAAAAUUCAUCAUCUAGUAGAAUUUACACCUGUCGAACUCCAACAGAUAAAGAAGAAACUGCUAGAGAUGGAGCUCUUCAAAUACUCAGCGAGCAAGUUAUACAAGGGUGGCCUGAUAGCAUAAAGAAAAUACAGCAAGCAGUAAAGCCUUACUGGAAUAACCGAGAUGACAUUUCUAUCCAAGAAGGACUUCUAUUCUUAGGCAGUAGAAUAAUUGUUCCAGAAUCACUCCGGCAGAAGAUAAUGCGAGAAAUCCAUAGUGGUCAUCAAGGGAUGGAGAAGUGCAAACUCCGUGCAAAAUCCUGCGUUUAUUGGCCCGGUAUAUAUAAAGAGAUUGAGAGUAUGGUGGCGUCCUGUUGUGCCUGCAAGAAAUUCCAGAAUUCACAGCAAAAGGAACCCAUGAUUCCAAGCGAAGUACCGCCAAGACCAUGGCAUACUGUGAGCGCAGACCUGUUUAAGGUAAAUAAUUUCUGGUACAUUGUUAUUGCUGACUAUUACUCGAAAUUUCCAUUUGUGAAGAAAUUAAACAGUUUAACAGCAACCACUGUAGUUAAUGUGGUUAGAUCGAUAUUUUCUGAACAAGGCAUACCAGAAACGCUCAUUUGUGAUAAUGGAUCUCAAUUCACUUCUGCCCAAUUUCAAGACCUAGCGAAGAGAUAUGGUUUUAGAGUGGUCACUUCGUCACCUCACUACCCAAAGGGGCAUGGUUUCAUUGAGAGACAGGUCCAAACUGUGAAGAAGAUCCUGUUGAAAUGCAAGGAAUCAGGAGCUGAUCCUAGUCUUGCAUUACUGUCGUUGCGUUCUACACCGUUAAGUACAACACUCAAAUCUCCAGGAGAGCUACUAAAUGGAAGAAUGUUCAAGUCAACAUUACCAGUAAAAAUUCAUCCACCAAGCGAUCGGUACGAAACCAGAGACUUGUUAUUAACACAACAAAAUAAACAAGUAAAUCUAUAUAACAGGGAUUCGAAGGAGAAGCCAAAUCUCUUUCAAAAUCAAGCGGUACAAGUUCAAGAACCUGUUAACAAAACGUGGAGCCCAGCGAGAGUAGUUGGUUUUGGACCAACUCCUCGUUCUUAUAUUACAGAGGAUGGAUCCGGAGUUCAGUUACGGAGGAAUAGACAGUUAAUCAAGCCUGAUAUACAGAAGACACCUGAACCGAUAAAUCGUGAUGCCAGAAAUCAGAACCAGGGUGAUGUGAGACAGGAAGAGAUGCCAGAAAUCCGAACACGCUCAGGUCGCAUAGUAAAGAAGCCGGACAGACUAAUAUAUAAGUAG